CAAGAAGGUGGCAUGAAAGGACCUCUGUUGACUUUUCAGCCAGACCAAUUCACAUCCUUCAUUCAUUAUGUCAGCCUUAUCUGGACCAGCUGAAACUCCAAUAGCACUCCUCUUCUGCUGCACUUGCUGAGAGUUGUUUGGCAGAGAGAUGGCAGGAGGAGGAGGAGGAGUGGCACAGGUAUACUGGAUAUUCUCACUGGGCGUGAAGAGGGAGGAGAUGAGGGAGAGAAGCCUUAAGGACAGCAUGGCAACACAACCAUAUAAAGAGGCACUCCCUGCAACGGCCUCAGUUCAGCUCUCCUCCCGACAGCAGCAGCAGCAGAAGCACCUUGCAGUAGUCAUGCUCAGCCUCUUCAAAUUACCACGAGUCUUCACUAUCAAUCAAGUUCCCAAAGUUUUCCAUGAGGACGGCAUCAUCUCCGGCUACCGACACCCCCGCAGCUCAGCCACCGACUGCAUCCUCAGCCUCUUCCAGCUGACCAAUGAGACGCUCAACAUCUGGACACACUUUGUUCCUACCUGGUACUUCCUAUGGAAACUAGUAACGGUGGUGCUAGUAACGAGAGCAUGGCAGGACUCCUACACCUGGCCUCUGGUGAUCUUUCUGCUCUCCUGUUGCAUUUAUCCACUGGCAUCGAGUUGUGCUCACACCUUCAGCACCAUGUCAGCACGGGCACGCCACAUCUGCUUCUUCUUCGACUAUGGUGCCCUCAGUUUCUACAGCCUGGGAUCAGCAAUCAUCUAUUCAGCUUAUGUAUUCCCGGACAAGUGGGUGAACAGCUUCUUCCACCAGUGCUACAUCCCCAUCGCUGUGCUCAACACUGUCUUCUGCACCAGCGUGGCCUGCUACUCCAGGCUUGGCUUACCAUUUCUGCAAUAUAAUCAUGACAUCAUAAAGAGAUUCCCUGAGUUCCAGAGUCCAAAGUUCAGCAAAUAUAUCCGUGUUGUUGCCUUUGCCUUCCCCUACCUGUUUGACAACAUUCCUCUUUUCUACAGGGUGUUUCUGUGUGUAGGGGAGGGCUGCACAGACGAUGAUACUAACAUCCUCCAUUACAACCACAUCGCCUUGGCUUUCCUCACAGGCUUUCUGUUUGCCACACAUUUACCUGAGUGCCUGGCACCAGGCAGCUUCGACUACAUAGGUCACAGCCAUCAACUCUUCCAUGUGUGCGGCAUCCUCGGGACCCACUUCCAGAUGAAGGCCAUUGAACAGGACAUGGUGACACGGCGCCCCUGGCUCCUUGAACACUCCAUACCCAUCACUUUUGCGAACUCAGUGGGUGCAGGGCUCUUUUGUGUGGUGGUGAAUUUGAUUAUCAUCAUCCUCUAUAGUCUACCUCUUGUUCACGCCCCAGUCUGCAAGGAGAAGGAACAUGUUAACAGCCCAAAGAAAGCCUCAUCCAAGGUGUGCUCCUGCUUCUAAAUCUCUGGCUUCAUAAGUCACGGGACAUACAGUGCAGACAUGGGAAAAGAGUGUAUCAUGGGGGAUUCAUAAAGAACACUCCUGAGCUAUGAGGUGCUGACAUAAUAACUUGCAGUUUGCACUAAACUCAUGGUAGUAUUUCAUUUUCAGACAUCACUGUGAUGACUGAUGUUAUUUGCGUGGGUAAACUGAAAAUGAGGGCAUAAGUUGCACAAACAGACAAUGCAAAUUUAACAAAAUGUUUCUUACCAUAAAAUGUGUUUUUGAGAAAAGCAACAAAUGUAGCUGCUGAGCUACAUUAUGAGACAGUGAUUUAUAUGAUUAGAAAACUAUAUUUGCUCAAUUCUCUGAUUUAAACACAGGUAGUUUGUGACAAGACUGUUAGCUUCAGGGAAUUGAAUGUAAAAUUCAAAGUGCUAAUUUAAUUUUCUGCAGUGCUGCAUUUAGACACUGGUACCUCCUUCAUUUGUACAUAUUUAUGGUGCUUGGGCUUGAACACAACCUUUUGGAUUGCACUGGUCAGUAAGAGCAAUGUGACACAUCAUUAACAUAAACAGAACGAAAGAGACAGUUAUGACAAGGGAAGGAUGUUUGCUCUUUGAGCUGCCUGCAAAGUAGCAACCUGAUAAACUAAAAGUUUUGUUACCGUUAAUGUGAGAUAUGUAAUACAGAGUAAAUGAGUUGUUUAUUUCCCUCAAAUGCUGUUUCUGUCACUGUAAACUUCUAUGACAUGUCACAUUGUUUCUUUGUCACAAAAAGUAUUUUUGUACAAUGUUAUUUAUUAUGAUUUUUCAAAUAAACUAUUAACCAAA